AUGACUGAACCAGAUGAUCCAUUUUACAAAUUGUAUCCUGUUAGAGAGUACUUAAGGUUCGUAAAGGAAUGCCAUGGAAAAGUGUUUUUGUUUGAGAGGCAGGAAGAGUUGGAAUCGCUCCGUGAGGGCUUUUAUCAAUUUGGCUACCUCGACCGGAGCCGCGAUGAUGUGUACUCCCUCCCCCACAGGUUGUACGAAUUACAAAAAGACAACGGCAGAUCGGCCCUGGAUACUUUAAAAAGGAUUUUCUACAUGAAUUUAGAGUACCUCUGCCCCUAUGUGGAACUAUUUCCUUGCAUACUCGACUUCUUGAUUUCUCAGCGCCCCGAGUUUCCACUAUGCAAAGUCAAGAAUCUUACUGAAUUGAUAAAAGCCAUCUGUCGUAAACAUAAUGUGCGAGUACUUGACGACUGGCAGAAGGAUGGACCAUAUUCUAAUUUUAGAGAGGUUGUGGCGUUGUUUGUAGCGGCACGUAGCCCUCCACGAAUCCAACAAGAAUUAGUUCAGAUGUUUGAAGAGAGACACAUGGGUCCAAUGUCUGGACCUUUCUUCAGCUUUAUUAAAGAGACAAUUCGGAAAGUAUCAGACGGAUUGCCUCGCGUGUAUUCGCCUUGUGUUCAUAUCUUUCAGAGCAGCAUGUACGGUAAAUCGAGAUUGAUCAAGGAUCUAGCUUCUCAUCACGUUUACUUGAGCUAUAUGUGCUUGGGCAGAAGAGUCGGUUUUGAAUAUCCUAGUCCUCGUUUUAGUCAUAGUAUUAAUGGUAGCAGUGGGCUGGGAUAUUUGGAUUCCCAUGAUGAAGUCGAUUUCGCUGGAGAUGUUUUGCUAUUCCUUGUUUGCACACUUCAAGUGAUCGUCAAAGGAAUAGAACACAACGAUGACAAUUAUACAACAGUGGAGAAAUUCUGGACUUUCCAAGAGACAUCGUCAGUCUUCGAGCAAACUGUAGAGAGGAGCUUUGCAGACAAGAAACGUUCGGAAAAAGAUAUAUGGCAGUCCCCCUCAGCUAUUACUGUUACGCAAGAUAAUCUGAUACUCUCUCAGGAAAUACAACAACUACUACGAAGCGAAUGGGCCAAAUACAGCACAGCACUGAAGAGGAUCAAGGACACGAAUAUAGAGAAGUACUUUGUACUCGCUAUCGAUGACGCUGGCGUUCUGAAUAUGAAAUAUGGUAAAAGUUCAAUGAGCUUCUCUUAUUUUCAAAUGUUCAAAAAAGUGGCACAUUGCCUUGUGGCUGAAGAUCUAUGGGGUGGGUUUGCCAUAGUCCUCGCGAGUACCUCAGCUCUUCGUGAUUAUGAUGUUUCUUACAGUGAUUCAGUUUUAAUGGACGUUGAGACCUGGUGCGACCUAGACACCUUCGAUUUGCACGUACGAUGGGGUGAAAAACCGCUUACCUUAGACUUCAGCGAGAUUGGAACCUUGAGGUUCUAUGCCAAGUUUGGUAGACCCAUGUGGAAGCUGUACGUUGACCGUGGGCAAGAGAGCGAACUUUUGGCAGACGCCAGUGCUAAGCUCCGGGGAAGAUACACUGAAGGGCUAUCAAAGCAUCACACGCUUCUCGUGAUAUACGCUCCGGCCAUGAAUCUCGAUUUUCGUACAGCGGAAAGCUUGGUAGGAUCUCGAAUGGCCACAGUCCUAAGUGUGUCUGAUCAACGUGAUGUUCUCAAGGUAGGAUAUCCUAGUGAGCCAAUUCUGGUCAUGGCAGCCCAUAAAAUCUUGGAAGGCGAAAAUGACCUUGAUCUUAUUUCACACCUGCUUAGCGACAAGGUCCUGUCUCCUGCGAAUGCUAGUGAAUUUAUCGCGAGAUGGAUGUUGCUGGAUGUUCUGAAAACUGCAGGUUUGCGCGAUGGCUUACAGAGCAAUUACUGUCGUGUUCGUGAUCUUUUCAAUGGUCUCAAUGAAAAGUAUCACGUCACCUGUAGCUCUGGCCAUCAAAAUGAACAUCAGUUACUUAGUGAGAGAAUACAUAUCAACCACUGGAUGACUCUUGACUCUGAGUGUACUAUACAGAUGUUGGCGCUCGGAUUCUUGAGAGGCUGUGGAUUUUGCUUUGAAAGAAGAGACAGAGAUUUCGAUCUCGUCAUCCCCAUAUAUUUGGAAAGCAGACAGAUUGACCUUACAAACAUCAGACUCUUUGAAGGGGACGAGGAUAGUCAAUGGGGAUUAGCAGAGUUAAGUUUAGUAUCUCAAGCAUUCAGUGUUCUUCUCAUUCACGUCAGUAAGAACGAAAAUUCACGUAGCGGUCAUUACGCCUCCAUUCACGAUAGGAUGGCCGAAGCAACGCAGCUGAUCUUUGGUCGAUACAAGCCAAUUAUUAGUUUGCAUAUGAAAUUAAGAGCAGGACCACCUACCAGUUUCGAUCAGAAACCCAGGUAUAAUGAGAAUUGGGCAAAUGUCUUUGCAAAUCAAGAAGAUUGGGCUGAUAUCCAUAUGCAAGAAAGAAAGGCAGUGUUAGCUCAAGACUUUAAUCUUGCCUAUGACCUUCAUGUCACAGCCCACAACAAUUCAAACAGCGAAUUCAUUGAUAGAUUGCAGGAUGUUGUUGGCUGGUCUGUAGAAGGUAGUGAGAGUCCUUCGAAGAAUGACACGUUACUGAGUUAUGCUACGGCUGCUUCUCGUAAUCAGAUUGAGGCGAUUGAGAAAGCUCGUCAAAGAAAGAGACAACAGCAGCAGGAACUUCGAACAGAAGCUAAUGAUGGCAAGCAACUAGAGGCAAAGGUAUUGCAAGUUCGCCAUAAUCUAAGGCAAUUACACCCUGGACACGGAAACCAAGUAGAUAGAUCCAGAUCUAGGAAGCAGAAUCAUAGGCACACGAUAAUUUAG